CAGCUCCUUCCCAUUAAGGCUGCGCGGAGCCCGACCCGCUGCUUCCCGGCCCGUCCGCGCAGGGACCAGACCGGACCGGACCCGAACCGGACCCAGCCCCAACAUGAGCCCGGCCAGGAGCCCGCUGCUGCCGCCGCUGCUGCUGCUGCUGUGGGGCUGCGCCAUGGGGCAGAGCGACCCGAACCCCGCCCCCGCCCCUGCCCCUAACGCCACGAGGCCCGUGUUCCUGUGCGGCGGGGAGCACGUGGGCGACUCGGGGUACAUCGCCAGCGAGGGGUUCCCCAACCACUACCCGCCCAGCAAGACCUGCACGUGGACCAUCACGGUGCCCGAGGGCCAGGUGGUGAUGCUCUCCUUCCGGGUCUUCGACCUGGAGCCGGACCCCGGCUGCCGCUACGACUCGCUGGAGGUCUUCAACGGGCCCUCGGCCGGCGCCCAGAGCCUGGGCCGCUUCUGCGGCACCUUCCGGCCGGGGGCCCUGCUCUCCACCGGCCGCCACAUGCUGCUCCGCAUGGUGACGGACGAGGGCACCGGGGGCCGCGGGUUCCUGGUCUGGUUCAGCGCCGGCCUGCCCCACGUCAACGAGCAUCAGUUCUGUGGGGGGAAGCUGGAGAAGCCCCAGGGGAGCCUCAAGACCCCGAACUGGCCCGAGAGCAACUACCCGGCCGGGAUCAGCUGUUCCUGGCACAUCAUCGCGCCCCCGGGCCAGGUGGUGGAACUGACCUUCGGGAAGUUCGACGUGGAGGACGACACCUACUGUCGCUACGACUACGUGGCUGUUUUCCACGGGGGGGCCACCGACGACUCCCGGCGCGUUGGCAAGUUCUGCGGGGACCGUGCCCCCGGCCCCAUCUACUCGGAGGGGAACGAGCUCCUGGUCCAGUUCGUCUCGGAUCUCAGCGUCACGGCCGACGGCUUCGCCGCCUCCUACACCGUCAAGAGUCCCGCCGAGGCGGCCGACAAGGCCCUGAAACCUGCCCCCGGGAUCUUCCCCGGCUCCAAACCGGGCCAGGCCGGCACCAAGUCCGCCCCGAAACCGAAACCCGAGCCCAAACCCACCACCCGGGCCCCGCCCGAGGCCGAGCCGCCCAGUGCCCAGACGCCGGCCAAGGUUCAGUGCCCCCAGAAAUGCCGCCGGUCGGGAAGUCUCCAGGGCCACUUCUGUGCCAAUGACUUCGUUAUCACCGGCACCGUGAAAACCGUCGUGCGAGGGGCCGGCAACCGGGUCACAGCCACCAUCUCGCUCCUCAACACGUACAAGGCCGGAGCCCUGAGCCUGCCCCAGGCCGAGAAAGGGGCCACCCUGCGCCUGGAGGUCCCCUGCCGCCAGUGCCCCGCCCUCAAGAAAGGUUCCAGCUACAUCUUCAUGGGCCGGGUGGACGCCGAGGGGCUCGGCGAAUUGCCCCCCGAAAGCUUCGUGGUCCCGUAUCGCCCGCAGCAGCACCAGGUCCUCACCACGCUCAGCAAGCGGCCGUGUGGGGGGGCGCCCAAGAGGAACGCUUGAGCCCGGAGGGGCUGGGGUUUGGGGUGUCGGGUCUGACCUGCGGGGGACAUGUCUCCCCCCACCACCACCACCCGGUCCAGCUCCCUGAGGCCGGCUCCGUGUAUCCAAAUAAAGGAGCAAACCGGC